GUCAAACGAAAUUUUUUUGUGUAUCGUCACCGGUCUUAAGUUGAACGUAGAAAGCCCUAAAAUAUUUCGAACUCCAUCAAUAUAAUUUGAGAAAAAUAUCUAAUAUAUUCACGAAGCGAACAGCUCGUAACUUACAGAUAACGAUAAAACACAUUUUUGUGAGCUUAUCGACGACUAAAGGACACAUAUUAUCGCAUAUUCUUUAGCAAAACGGUUUUUGGCGCUUACAAACACAAAUAGAAGAAAUAACUUCUUGGGGCGUCUUCUUCAUCGAAUUUGAAAGAAAAAAAGAGAUGUUGGCAACAUUGAGCAGUUAUAUUUGGUCAAGCGGCUCUGAAAAUGAAACAGUGCCAGAUAUAAAGCAAGAUAAUGCACCAGAACAAGAAGACGAAUGGGUUUUGGUUGACGUGAACGACCAGCCAAAAACUCAAUCAGUCAAAAUCGACAACGCGUUGCAAUGUAUUGAGCCGGAGCCGAGGGCAACGACCGUAGAUGUUUUAGAGGAAAGUUGGUAUGUGACGCCUCCAUCAUGCUUCAAUGCAAACCAGGACGAUUGUUUAAGUCUACCGCCAAGUCCUCUGGAAAAUUUGCUCAUCGAACAUCCAAGUAUGUCCGUUUAUGAUGGACCAGCAGAUAUUUGGUUGGCCGUUGAACGAAGCGAAACAUCCGAGGAAACCCCCGAGAACCCGUCUACUCAUACCUCGGCAGAAAACCGAGUCCAGCUUAGAGUCGUAAGAGCAAUGGAUAAAGGCAAAAAGCUGGCGAGAAACGGUCAGGAAAACGUUUUACAGCAAAGGAAAAAGCAAUUUAGGAAGAGCAAAUUGCGAAAUCAUAACCAAAUGCAUAUCAGCGUACCGCGUUCCCGACGUAAACAAAAGAAAAUUGACCGUAAACAGGGGAAAUAUUCUUCAGUAUAUAGUCACCGAGGUUGCUGACUGGAAUAUGUAAGAUUUUCUUGUCACGUUUCAUCGUAAUAGGGUUUUUCACUUUUUAUUUUACAAACGUAUUUGCAUAAUAAUUAUUUUAAAAGCUAGUCACUGUAGAAUGAUAUAUGGGUUUUCCCUCACUGUGUACAAGAAUAUCUGUAUAUAAAUAAAUUUUAAAUAGUGUAUAUUACAUAUAUGGACGAUUAUUUAUAAAAAAAAACACAUAGAAAUAACUAAUUUUUUUUACAUACGUCGUAAAUGCACACGUUGUAUUAUUGAUAGCCUUUCCAAUACCAAUUACGGUGAAUAAAACGAUUUUAUUAAAAUGUGAA